UCGGUCAUCGUGUUAAUAUAAUAACAUGUCGCAGCUCAAAAUAUCCUUUGCAUUAUUAACAAUGACGUUAAUCAUCUGCAAAAGUUCACAAUCAUCAAUGUUUGACCAGUGUGAUACUCGUCACACAAACCUAACCCAAGAAUGUGUGGGAAAAUUGAUAUUAAACACUCUGGUUAAAGUCAGUGAAGAUCCAGAGAAUUUCAUCAGAUUAAAUCAAUUGAAUGACGACAGUGGAACGACUAUGCGAUUUAUCAAGCUGAAAUUCGAUAACGAUACAAUAAACAUAGAUCAACGCUACGAAAUUGACGAAAGUAGAUCGUGGAAUACAGGAAACUUUUGGGAUCAAUUGAUUUACGCAUUCAAAAAAUUGACCAAUUACAGUAACGAUCACGGAAUUUUGUUGUCCCUCCCACAAUGGUCAAAAAGAUUUCCACCUAUCACGGUCGUUGACGAGAAUGACGUUCUACAAGUAGUCAAUGAAAGUCGAAGCAAGCAUCCGCAUAAGAAGUACGCUCUGCUGUUUCCACUGCUAGCCACGUUCAAGUUCCUGGUGAUCAAAGCGCUGCUAGUGCCCAUUCUGAUGGCUGUUAUGAUCAUCAAGAAGAUGCUGGUGCUCGGCGUCAUGGCUCUACCCACCCUGUUGACAAUGUUGCGGUUCUGCCGGAACCCCAACUUUGGGGGCUUUGGGUUCGGCGCCGGUAACUUGGUAGCUACGGGCGCUGUCGGCCCGGUGGGCCAGGCAGCCGCGUUUGCGCCGCUCACCGCCGACAUAUCAGGCGACUACUCGUCGUACGUGCAACAAUCGGCCGCCGCGUCCCAGCAAAACAAUGCCUACAAGGACUACUCUAAGAAUUUAAUGGACGCCGUGAAGACUUACCAACGGCGGUGAAGUCCUCGACGCGUAGUCCUAUACAAUCGGAUCACGGUUGACAUUGUCGUCAUUGCGUAUCGUUUAUAAUACGAGCACUGUACCCCCCCCUACCCAGCCACAACCACAACAGCGACAUUUAUAAUAUCCGACUACCCAUUACUCGCAUUAUGUUAUAAAUACCUCAUAUUGUUACAGUAGACAGUAGACACUAACGACACCGUUCAACACGCAUAUGACAAAACGCAUUAUCCAACUGACAUUUUGUGUCCUGGAAACGCAUUCUAAAACAUACAUUAUAUUUUUCUUCCAAAAUAACCACCAACUUCCAAGUAAUUUCCUAAGCUAAUGACGAUUUAUUUUUCGUAUUUCCACUCAUUUUCAAAAAUCAUGCGACAGUUAAACGUUAGUAUAUAUACCACUUUGAGCUAAUUAAGAUUCAAAAACUCACUCUUUGACUCAAUGGUGGCCGAUGGGGUAUUCUCAAAAUAACCCUAUUUCUUAUUUAUCUCAGUUUUGAUAUUGUUUCAUUAUCAUACGUUAUAACUUAUAAGUUAUAACCACAGGUAAAUGUUGUAAAUUUCUGAGUAUUAUACUUUGACUUCAUUUCAUUUUUUUUUCUAAGUAUAGUUUACAUUAAAAAAAACAAGUAGUUAUACGUCCUAAUAAAACUACUAUGGCUUGAUUUACCUACUUAAAUGAGUAAAAUAACUACGCAAUAGCCAUAGGUAUCUAACUUGAUAAACGAUUAGUAAUGAUAUCAGUUUAGAGCACAAUAUCGAAUUAUCAGAUUCUUUUUUUCCAAAUUUAUAUAUGCUUUCAAACACAUCAAAGUUAGU